AUGCAUUGUUCCAAGAAGCGCAGCAAAGGGGGCCUGAAGAUGGAGGAAAACACUGUGAAGGCAGUGAAGGCACACACAGAGGCCAUCAAGUACCUUGUAAAGCCUGAGGCAGCAAAACCCAAGUUGUCCCAACUACAAGUCCAGCGACUUGCUUUCAUCUCCCACCCCAUGCUUGGGAAUUGGAUUUGUGCCCACAGAACCAAGAGUUGGAGGUUCUACCAACCAAAACCCAAGGUUCAGAUCAAGGCUGAGGCUGCAGCUCCAGCUCAGGCUCCCAAAGGUGCCCAGGCCCCUGUGAAGAACCUCUAA